AUGAAAUCUGUUCGGAAAUGUAUAAAAAAGGUGGUGAUCAACUUUUUGCAGCAAUCCAUAAACUAAUAGUACUUAUAUGGCAGAAUGAAUGGGUACCAGAAGAGUGGCUGAACGGAAUAAUAUGUGCGUUGCAUAAAAAGGGUGAUCAACUGGAGAGUAAGACGUAUAGAGGCAUUACUCUGUUUGCAUCUGCGUAUAAAAUCUUCGGCAAUGUAUUAUUUGAAAGACUUAAACAUUUUAAAAAGGAUAUUGUUGGUCAAUAUCAAUGCGGAUUUACUGUUGGAAAGUCAACUACACAUCAAAUUUAAGCACUUAGACAGAUUCUAAAAAAGUCACUAAAACAUAACAUAUAUACACAUCAUCUCUUCAUUGACUUUAAAGCAGCCUAUGACAGUGUGAAAGAACUGCAUUAUCUAA